UAAAUAUGAGGCUUUCACUAGUAAUUGUUGCCCUAUUGUUGGUAUCUACCACCUUGGCUAAAUAUCACACUUAUGAAGAAUUCACUAAGGAGCUUAGGAAGCCAGCGAUUGAAGCAUCCGUCGUACAGAUCUUGGAGUCUUACUUUACUCCAGAAGUUGUGGAGCUACUCGGAGGGCAAGCAUAUAACAUUGCCAGAACUGGAGUUGGAUGCGCCGCAGGAGUAUUUGGAGGACUUAACACUGGAUUCACUAUUUGGGAUGUCAUCUCACAAGCACCAAGAGACAUCGAUAGCUACAUUUUCGGAGCAAUCUAUGCUUACGCCUGGUGGCAGCAAAAUGGACAGUACAUGGAGUAUAUGUGUAGCAACUUCUGGGAUCUCGUUCACUAAGUUAUUUCUUUGCUAAAAUGCGUUAAUAAACGUCUGUUAUUAGGUUACUUCUUGAAAAGAUUUUCUUUUCU